AUGUUGUGUGGAACAUUACAAAGAUGGGACUCUGAGCAACCAGAAAUAAAAUAUGUGGAUCUUGGCCACGGGCGAAACCUUUGCUUAGAUUGCUAUUCUAUUACUAUCGCGGAUCCAAAGGAAUGCGAGAAACAUAUUUUUGAAAACGUGCGUAGAUUUUAUACAGGUUUAAAUCUCAAUUUGGAUGAAGACAUUCCUAUUUUAUUGGUGGAUAAAGAUGAGAUGAGCAGAGUUCGCAAAAGAAAUUAUGAGAUGCAUCGGGACAUAAUUGGCUUAGCCACCAAUAUCUUGGAUUUCAAGCCUAUCGUGACGAUUAGUAGAUGUACAAAAUACGAAGACAGAAUUGAAGUGGAGAAAAAAGCCAACAAACUAACCAUGGCCGAAAGUUUUGCAGCACUUUUCGGCAGCAACAAAGACAAUAAACUUUUACUUCUAUUCGCACGGCCGGAUGUGCUCAUGGGCAUGACGUUGGCACAUGAGAUGAUGCAUAAGUGGUUGAGGUUUCAAGGUCUAAUUGGUGAUAGGAAACCGGAAAGAUUGGUAGAAGAAGGUAUUUGCCAAGUAAUGUCACACAUGUAUGGGAAAUGGUUUUGUUCUACAGGUUUUAAGUACUCCUCAUACAAUAAAACCGAUGAGCAACUUCAGUUUACAAAAGAUUUGAAUAAAUAUUAUGCAAAUCUUAAGAAAAUCGAUUCAGAUGAAGCUUAUCGCGAAGGGUUUAAGCAAGCUAUGCAUGUUGUGAAAGAAAAUGGCUUAAAAAAGACACUGGACUGCAUCGUUAAAAAAGGACAUUUGGCUCCUAAGAUGGAAGAAGAUGAAGAUAAUUACGAAGAUGCAAAAGGAAGUCUCCCACCACCCAAAAAUGACGUGGCACCACCACAAGGGCUACAAUGGGUUAUAGUCCAGUGA